ACGUUUUGCCUAAGAAUCCGUCCAUAAGAACAACCAUUCCAUUCUACCUUUCUAGUCAUGAUCAGUAUCACCAUUUGCCUUUCUUUCUCAGAAUAAUCUCGAAAUGCAAAUGGCUGUUCCUCAAAACAACCUUGAAAUGCAAAUGGAGGAUAGGAUCAGUGCCUUACCAGAUGGCAUCUUGUGUCACAUUCUCUCCUUUAUUCCAACUGUCGACGCCAUCACCACAAGCAGCCUCUCCAAGCGCUGGAGACCCCUAUGGCGCUCCAUCCCUGUCCUUGACAUCCAACUCGAUGAAAUCUUAGGUGGCUGUGUCUAUGCCUCCUUCUUCAACUUUGCCUUUGCCACCCUCCUUGUGCACAGUGCGCAACAUCCCCUCACGCUUGCACGAUUACGCAUCACCCCUCGUGCGGCUGCACACUACAUCUUUCCCAAUGCAUACUUCAAUGUAUGGGUAAAGGCCAUCCUUGAGCGCCACAUCGAGCAGCUCCACCUCGAGAUGCCCCGCGUGUACCCGAUUUAUAGCGGUGUCUUCAGUUGUAGAACGCUCGUUGUUCUCAAGCUGUGUCGAGUAAGCGUGGAUGUUCUUCAAUCUAUUGACUUGCCUAGGCUCAAAACGCUACAUUUGGAUUUUGUUAGGAUUGAAGGGGUUGAGUAUGUCGCAAGGAUUCUUCGUGGGUGUCCUAUUUUGGAGGAAUUCGAAACCAAUCAUGUCUUUUUUGAUUACAAUGUUGUAGAGUAUCAGAGCAUGUGUAAGUUGGUGAGGGCACAUAUUGGCAAAAAUUUUGGGUUUCAGGUUCCUCUAAAGGCAAUGUCUAAUGUGCAAUCUCUGCGAUUGUUCUUGGAGUUGAACCACCAAGACGAUUUUCCUGUGUUUCCUAACCUGAUUCAUAUGGAGCUCGGGUUUGAGAGAUAUGUUAACUGGGAUGUGGUGCUUGAAUUACUUGAGCAUUGCCCUAAGCUUCAAAUUCUAGUGCUUAAUAUGCCUUUGGUGCCUAAUAAGCCUCUGAUACCUGUUCUUCCCGAGAUUUGGUCUUGUCCACAGUUUGAUCCAAAAUUUGUUCCUGAAUGCAUUUCUUCAAAGCUUAGGAAGUGUACUAUUCUGGGUUAUACCGGCAUUAAGUGUGAGAUGCAAUUUGCAAAAUAUAUAAUGCAUUUCUCAGGAGCUUUACAAACCAUGACAAUCCAUCAUUGCGCAGAUAUGCAGGACAAACUUCAAAAACAACAAGAAUUGGCCAUGUUCCCUAAAAGCUCAGCAACCUGCAAACUUUUAUUUGAAUGAUAUCUCAUAGGGUAGUAGGUAGGUUUAAAUUGUUGUUUGAUGUUUACAUUUUCAGUUAGCUUUUGCAUAUGAUGCAACUCUAUUAUGGUUAUUAACUUAUGACAGUAUAUUUUGAUGUUAUGAACUUAUGAUAUAUAUUAGUUGUUAAAUGGAUAUUUCGUUUCUUA